AUGAUUGGCUUUCUGGUCGCGAUUGCUGUUUUGGGAGUCUUUAUAAAACACCUAAUCAAUGAAGCUUAUAAGCGGCACGAGAAUUUCCCACCAGGACCACCCAAGCUACCUGUAUAUGGAGGGUAUUGGAUUAUAUUGUCCAAAGCCUUGAACGACCUUGGCCGUGCUGCGAUCAGACUGUCCAAGGAAUACAACUCAAAAAUUGUUGGACUGUAUCUAGGUCCUUGUCCUCAAGUGAUAAUUAAUGAUCAGGAAUUAAUUAAAGAAGUUUUGAAUAGGGAAGAGUUUGACGGACGUAUGGACACAAUCCUAGGCAGAGCUAGAUACUGUUGGAAGAGAUUGGGCAUUUUCUUCACUGAUGGGUAUUUCUGGCACACCCAGAGAAGGUUCUCCCAGCGCUUUAUGCGAGACGCUGGUUUUGGCCGUCGAUGCGAAAAUUUGGAAGAUGCAAUGAAACAAGAUCUAUCAGAAAUGAUUGAUAUGGUCAAGAAUGGAACUAGGAAUGACGAGGAAAAGAAAAUUGUCAACGGAAAUCUCAUAUAUUUACCACACUUCUUCGAUGUACCCUUUAUAAACGGAAUGGUCCACGUCUUUGUAAGACAAACUUUCCCCCGGGAGAAGUACCCAAUGAUUUGGAAUCUUGGUAGAAAUGCCGUGAAGUUCCAGAGGGCGUCAAACGACCUUGGUGGUGCACUCGUAAUCACGCCUUGGCUAAAGAACAUUUUACCGAAAUUUAGUGGUUAUAAGGACUUGACCGAUGGGACUAAUGCUGUCAUCGACUUCUACAAGGACAUAAUAGAAGACGCUAUUGCUACAUACGACGACAAUCACGAACGUCACUUUUUGGAUAUCUACAUAAAGCAAAUGAAACAAGAAAUCAACGACAAAAAACGAUCUACAUACUCCGCGGACCAAUUGCUUAUGGUAUGCACCGACUACACAUUCCCGGCUGCAAGUGGUACAGAACAGGUGCUAACGAUGCUGAUCGAGACAAUGCUUCUUCACCCCGAAGUACAGGACAAGAUACACGAAGAAAUCGACAGAGUUGUUGGACGGGACCGUCUGCCGUCACUCGAUGAUAGAGACAAGUUACCAUACACAGAAGCUUGUUUGCGUGAGAUCAUGCGGUAUGAUACUCUAGUACCCCUGGGUGUAGCUCAUAGAUCAUUAAAAGACACCAAACUAGACGGCUAUUCUAUACCAGAGAAUACGUCUGUAUCAGUCAACCUAAUGAGUAUAAACUUGGAUGAAAAAAUUUGGGGAGACCCACAAAACUUCAGACCUGAGAGGUUCAUAGUGGAUGGCAAAUUGCAAGUGAGCCUGGAUAAGUCAUUGCCUUUUGGUGCUGGUCGAAGACUUUGUGCUGGAGAAACCUUCGCGCGUCAAGGAAUGUUCUUAGCCCUUGCUAUGUUCAUGCAAGCGUUUUCCGUAUCAACUGCUGAUGGGAAGCCCUUAAAGGAACGUUCAACGAGAAUACAAGGCAUUAUCACAACUGUACCCGAAUUUUGGGUCCGUGUUACACCGAGAUGUUAA